AUGCAUAUAGGCCAGAUCGCGGUCCUGCUAACGCGCGCACGUCUUUUAAACAGACCCACUCUGGGGAGCAGACGAACAAGGCCAACGCUAAGUGCAUUAAUGAACAGGAGGGCCAACAACAAUUAUGGCAAUGAAAGGACCUUCACGCUCCUCGCAGCCUUUUGCGACCAGGACCAGGCAGCGCGGGCAGGGGCUCUGCCUCCCCCGGGGGCAGCCCGGCGACAGAGGUGCCCGGGCAUUGCGGAGGAGGAGGAGGAGGAGGAGGAGGGGAGGAAGAAGAUGCCCUCCCGGCCCCGCACCUGCUCGGCGCCCGAGCAGAAGCCGCAGCUGGAGAAGGAGGUGUCCCGCAGCCGCAUCCCCCGCCUGGUCCUCCGGCCGCAGCAGAAGGUCUCUCCCGCUUCCGAAUCGCCCUUUUCCGAAGAAGAGAGCCGGGAAUUCAACCCGCCCAGCUCCUCCGGGGGCUCCGGCAGGACCGUCAGCAGCAACAGCUUCUGCUCAGAUGACACUGGCUGUCCUAGUAGCCAGUCAGUAUCUCCAGUUAAGACUCCUUCUGAUGCUGGGAACAGUCCAAUCAGUUUUUGCACUGGUAGUGAUGGAGACUUCUCCAGGAAGAAAUUCGGUCCAGGGACAAUGAGCGAAGGGAACCCGCAGCUGGCUCGAUAUAAGAAGGAGUCAAAGACAAGCCUUGUAAAGCCUGGGAGUGAAGCUGAUUUUAGCUCUUCAAGCAGCACAGGCAGUAUUUCAGCGCCUGAAGUCCAUAUGUCUGCUGCUGGAAGCAAAAGAUCUUCUUUUUCUCGCAAUCGUGGCCCUUAUGGUCGGAAUAAUGGAUCCUUAUCCUACAAGUCCGGAGCCAGCCCACCUGCUUCCCGUGAAAAGGACCCGUUGUCAACACUGUGCAAAAACCAGCUGAGUCCUGCUAGCAUCCAUCAGAGUUACAGGGCUUCUUCAGCCAGCAGCAGCAACUCAGGCUCAUACAAAGGAAGCGACAGCAGCCCAGUGAUGAGGCGAUCAGGGAGAUACAAUUCUUGUGGUGAUAAUCACAGCAUUAAGCCACAAAAUCCAGAGCAGUAUUUGACUCCUCUGCAGCAGAAAGAAGUUACAGUACGGCAUUUGAAAACAAAGCUGAAGGAAUCUGAGACCAAACUUAAGGAAAGGGAGACAGAAAUAGAAGAGCUCAAAGCUCAGCUGGGACGGAUGAGGGAAGACUGGAUUGAAGAAGAGUGUAACCGUGUGGAGGCAGAGCUGGCCUUAAAGGAAGCAAGAAGCGAAAUUAAACAACUCAAGCAGGUUAUUGAAACCAUGAAAAACAGCUUGGCUGAGAAGGACAAAAAAAUUCAGAAAUACUUCGUAGACAUAAACAUUCAAAACAAAAAACUGGAAUCUUUGCUGCAGAGCAUGGAGCUGGCUCAGAACAGCUCUGUGAGGGAUGAGCAGAGCCUGGAGUACACAAGUGACUCAGAGGGGAAGCCGUUAGCGUUGUGUGCCACAACGCCAGACAGCCUCAUCACAGAGGACCGAGUUUUGGAGGAGGUGGCAGAUAGUGGGCUGCUUCUUAAUGAGGACACAGCUAAUGGGACUGAUUCAUCGGAAGAGAGUUUGACCACCACAACCUCUGAGUUGAGUGAUCUAGCUCCCUCCAGUUCUGCUGUGAAUAAAGAGAUGCUUGAAAAUAGUCUGGAUGAAAAACUAACUUCUUCCCAAGAGGAGGAGGAAAGCAGCAACAUGAUGGUGGAACAGGCUGUCCAGACUGACGUGGUGCCAUAUAGCCUAGAUGUGGAGCAGCUCAUUCAAAACAUCUUCAGAGCUCAAGAUGCCUGUCCUCUAAGCCCACCUUCUUCACUGAAGGAAUUGGGUGAAUUUUCUCUUGGAAGCUUCAGUGAUUCUGGUAUCAUAGUGGACUUAACUCCAAGUGAUCCAAACUCUGCCAUCCUUUUGUCUCCUAUGGAGUCUCCAUGCAGGAAGGUGGAGCACAGAGUUAAUGAAAACCGUUUCAUGAAAGAACUUGAUUUUACAGAACCUCAUGAUGAUGAAGCCUUUGGGUACGUCAAUACUUUCUCUCAGACAGGAAUAAAGAGGAGAUACUGGAGCAGCAGCCUCCUCAGAGAUGUUCUGGCUGUAGCAGCCCCUGUUGUACCAACUAUCAUGUGGGUUUUCAGUACUCAGAGAGGAGGAACAGAUCCCGUUUACAACAUUGGGGCAUUGCUUCGUGGUUGCUGCCUGGUGGCCCUGCACUCUUUACGCCGUACACCCUUCAAUAUCAAAACCUAAAGUCCACUCUGUCCCUGGGCACCAACUGGCUGAAGCAGAGAGAAAGAAAGAUGAGAUAGAUCAUUAAGAGUUAUUGUAUAUUCUGGCAGAGUCCAUCAUUUUGCUUUUGGCUAUUUGAUUUGCACUAUAAAUAGGUUCGAAAACAUGUUCCUUGUUUCAAAAUAAAAAA